AUGGAUCGAAUUAUUCUACGAGUAAUAGAAUUAAUCAACAAACAAUUAUUAUCAUCAUCACGUGAUCCUUCUGGAGAUUUCAUAUUGAUCAAUAUUCGAAAUGGUCUUAAUCAAUUACUGGAAUCAAAUUUCUCAAAAAGUGAUUGGAUUCGAUUGUUCUGUCGACAGAUGAACCGAUUAAUGGCUAAUAAUACUUCAAUAUCAUAUGAACUUUGGAUGGAAUGGCAUGAUGAUAUUCUUUGUAUAACCAAUGGUCGAAACAGUAAGCAACUGAAAAGUGACAGUUGGGAACGAUUUUUAGAGAAAAUGGAAUUUGAAAGUCGAUUAGAACAAUGUGAACGGCAAUUUCAAGCAGAUUUUGGAGAAAGAAAAAGUUUCAAUGAAUUAUUUACUGAAUAUCAUGGUUUUUUUCAAAAUUAUCUUCGAAAAUGUCUUUCUCUUCAUUCGAAAAUCCGCGUACUAGGUUUACUUGAAAAUCUCGAUGAUCUUCUUUAUAAAGUUUACGGAAUAACCGAUCUUUCAUUGACUACAGAAAGACGAAAGUGCCUUGAGAAAAAACUCGAAUAUAUUGCUAUUGAUCUCGAUUGUUCAAAGAAAGUCUUACAAUGUUAUGAAAUUUCAUCUCCUCAAAUUAAUAAUUCGAAUCAUUUUUUACCUUCAAUCAAGCCAAUCGAAAUAAUUGAGAGGAAUCAAUGCGAAGGAAUCGAAGGUGUAUUACAAUCCAAUCGCUGGCUUGUGAUCUUGAGUGAUCCAGGUUGUGGCAAAACUAGUCUUCUUCGAUGGCUGACCCGUUUUUUCUCGGAAAAAACUUUACACAAUAACGAAGAAUUUGUUCGUAUUCCAAUUUUAAUUCGAAUUAGGGAAUUUGCAGCAUGGCUCAAUCAUCCUCCACCGAGGACUUUGAUCGAUUAUAUUGGAGAACAUACUUGGUUUUCCGAACGUUAUUGUGAGGAUCAUGAUAAACAUAUCUUGAAAAAAUUGAUCGAUCAUGGUCAUGCCUUAAUUCUUCUUGAUGGACUUGAUGAAAUUGCCAAUAUUGAACAACGAGGACAAAUUGUUAAUCUCGUUCGAACAUUCAUCGAUGAUUAUGUUCGUGCACCGGAUUUUACUUCGACAUUUGAUCCUAAAAUGGUCAGAAAACACAAGUACCUGUCUUUUCCCGAAACUAUCGAAACACCAUUACCAAGUCAAUCUCGUGGUAAUCAAAUCAUUGUCACAAGUCGUAUUGUUGGCUACCAGUUGUAUUCGUUGAUUGGUCCAUUUAUCAAACAUUAUUCCUUAUUAGCCCUGAGAACUGAAGAAGCAAAAGAAUUUGCCAAAAAAUGGAUGAGAUCAGUAGAGGAAAAUGUGAUUGAGAUUUUGAAGAAUGAAACGAUUGAAUUAGAUAAACACAUGAUCGAAAAUUUAUCAAAGAAAAGACUCCAUAAUAUACAAUCGAUGUUUGAAAUGAAGUCGAAAUUAAUCGUAUCAAAUCCUUUAUUAUUAUCUUUAAUUUGCACAUACAUUUUUCAAUCAUCCGAGCAAUUAGAUCUCAAAUUUCGUAUUCAAUUGUAUUUUCAUAUUGUGCAAGCCUCAUUUCGUCUCUGGAAGUUUCGAAAAGUGAACAUCUCGAAAAAUAUUCUCAUGGAUUUUUUCAUCAAUCUUGCUACUUAUCUCCAUUUACAUUCUCCAUCUGGUCUUAUCGAUGAAUUCGAUAUUCAGCGUCUAUGUUAUUUAACUUUUCAACAGCAUGGUUUAUCAAAUAAUCGUCGAGAAUUACAGAAAUAUACCAAUCAAUUAAUAUCUUUACUAGAACACAACAUCACUUUUGUUGUCGAACGAGGUUUACAAGUAUUUGCUUUUCAACAUUUAUCAAUUCAAGAAUAUUUUGUCGCUCAAUCUCUUGUAAAAACUUGUUCGAUUGAAAAAAUUGCAGAACGUAUUGUUUCAUUCACUGUUGAUUCUCGUUUUCAUGAGCCACUUGUUUUGGCUGUUGCAUGGAUUAGUUUCAAUUUGUCAUUUGAUGCUUAUAAUCAAUUCUGUCAUUUGCUUCUUACUUCCACCAAAGAUUAUUCAAUUCCCUUUGGAACAAUUCUACUCUUUGAUACUUUCAACGAUUUGAAAAUACUUCCAUCAAGUUCAGUUCUUCUUCAAGCAUUAAAUACUCUAUUUGAUCAUCCCUCUAAGCUUAUUGGAUCAACAUGUUUCUUUUGGAGUUUAUCUCGAUUACGAGAUGAUAUUAUCAUAAAAUGGAUGCAAUCAUCUUUGAAAGAUUACAACUCCAUUUCGAAAUUUUGUGAAUGUCUUGAGACAAAACGUAACAAAAAGUCCGAAAGAAUUCAUUAUGUUUCGAAGUUACCGAAUGUUGUCUAUCGACAAUUAUGGUCGUUACAUAAUAAGAGUCUCUCGAUUGAGUUCGAUAUUGAUCAAGUAUUGCGAAGUGUGAUGGUAAAAGACAACAUAACUGAUCAGAUUUUUAAUGUUGAUUUCUCCUCAUAUUUAUCAUCAUACGAUAAUGACUUACUGAAUAUUCAUCCUUUGAUACUAUCCGUUAUUAUCGAAGUAUGUGGAGGUGUAUAUUAUAAAAUUGAAAAUGGGAUGCUUAAAAUUCAUUUCGCAACAAAAAAGAUGCAUCGUGAAUCUACUAUCUUAGCUCCGAUUAUGGACUAUUUCGAUAAUAACAAAGAACCUCAUUCAAUCAAAAUUCAAACACUUAUCGAUUAUUAUCAAAAUUUUCUGGAGGCAUCUUCCCCAUCAGAUACUUCAUCUGUUAUAAUCGAUACUUUUAUUGCUUUCAUCUGUUUACAAGGUCUGUCUCAGACAUCGAUCUAUCGAAAGUAUGAAAACUAUCAAGCAUUACCACUGGCACUCGAAAGAUUUAAAUGGAGUUGGUAUCAUUUGAUGAUAUCAGGUCUAUGCAUGAAGUUAGGUACUUGCACCAAAUUCGAUAUAUCUUUCAUUCAAUCUCAACUUCAAACAAUACUCAACGUGUUCGUUUCCCAUUCAAAUCCAUCCAAUGAACAAAACCAAUCAUUCUUAUUAGCAUGUCAAGCUGCAUUGAGAAAACUCAGAACGUUUGAUAUGAGACGCAUGUUUGAUUUUAUCGAUCAUAGUAACAAUCAAGUCAAUCAAGAGAAAUUACUCGUUUUGCUCACGUGUUUACCAGAAUCUUUACAAAAAUUAUACUGUUGUACGAUAAUCUCAUCAACUGAUAAAACAGAUUCAUUACCAUUAAUUGUAUUCUUACUAGAAUGUUUAAAGCAGCUUGGAAAUAUUAUUGGUGAUGGGCCAAUGUUUCCUUGUGCUUUAACAAUAUUGAAACCAUUAUUAAUCGAGCAUUCCUUAGAAAAUUACGCUCUAGCGCUGUUUCGAGAAACAUAUUCUGAUAUCAGCUGGUUUAUUGCAAAGCCUCAAUUAUGUGAUCGAUUUUUUAUUGAAGAGUCGUUUAGUUGGGAAGCACUUAUCGAUAUGGAAUGUCAACGUAUUUCUGAAGAGAAUGAUUUACAACUUUUUGCUGCAUCUAUUUCACUCGCUCGAAUUUAUCAAGCUCAACAUCGUUUAGACCGAUAUUCUUAUAAAGAAAAACGAAAUAGUCUUCCUUCUGUCAAAAGUGAAAAGAUCUAUCUGGCGAUCAUGAAUAUAUUCAAUCCAAUUCUACGAAUCGUCGUCUUUAGUAAUCUCUUAGAUAUGAAUAAUCCAUUGAUCUUUGUUGGAGAACAAAGAGAUGAACUGCAAGAUGAAAUGAUUGGUUUAAUGUAUUCAUUAAUACCAGAUCUUCCGUUAUUAACAUUAACUUUUCUAUUUAUCCGAUGUAAUCGAGCACGACUAGUUUUUCCUGAAUUAUUCCGAGAAAUGUCGACUAUCAUCGGGAGAAAAUUGAAUGAAGCUGCUGAAAAUAGACCAAACGACGAGCAAGAGGCAGCAUUCCUUGCACUACGACAACUUCAUAAUCGCGAUCUGGCCAAUUAUUUAUCAGAAUUUGCUAGAAAAAUAAAUAACUUAUCUGAUCUUCUUCAUUUCAAUUCCACAACAUUCUAUCGUUAUUUUCGUGAUACAUCGGUCUUUCAGUCGUGUAAUAUGAGUCUUUUAUCAGUUAUGUAUUUAGUUGAAUUAACUUUUGAUAUUCAGAAUCUUCCAAUUAAUAUUAAAAAAGAUCCGGAUCAAGUAUGUUCUUCAUUUAUAACGGUUUUUAGACAAUUAUGGACUCAAUUGCCAAGAAGUGCAAAAGUAAUGACUUCUGAAAUAGCAACAUUGAUUACAAACUAUCUACCAACGUUGAAAGAGCCAGACAUUUCUUCUGUUAUUAAAUGCAUUUCUAAAUGUGUAUCGAUCGAUAAAAGAGCGAUUCCCGUAAUUAAACAAUGGCUCAAAUAUCAAAUGGAUGAAAAUUUAGAAGAUUUUGCACAAUAUGCUGCAUUAGAAUUAAUUAUCAAUGGUUCAGAUAUUCCUAAUUUAAUCGAUACUGUCAAGACGAUGUUUCACACCAAUAAUUGUUUCCGUGUCAUAUUCGUUGCCGAUCGUUUAUUCAAUUCUCCACUUGUUGAUUCAACAAUCGUUCGUCAAAUUUUAGUUGAAUUACAACAAAAUGUUCGUUAUGCUUCGAAAGUUUCUGUUUGGCUCAAUCGUAAAGAUACACUCAAAUUGCUUCUUAAUUUAGAAGUUCAACAGCUCAUUUUGAAUGCUCAUCGACAAGAUAGACUUUCCAUUCGACCAUUUCUAUUGAUGAUCAAUGGUUGUUCGAAAGAUUUACAAAUCUAUCUUUUACGACAUCUUUGUGCGUUUAUGAAUAAAAAACUUCAAAUUCCAAAUUCUAUUGAAGAAGAAUAUGUUGCUAUUGUUGUUAAAUGGAUUAUCGAAAGAUUGAUUCAAGAUGAAACAAGAAAACACAUAUUGGUCAAUUUAUACCAAUAUAUUUUCACAUUACUUCACAAUCAACGAUUUCCUCGAAUUCAAAAAGCCAUUGUUAAUGCUCUUGAUGCGAUAUUUGCUCAUGUCAAUCAAUAUAAAAGAAAGGUUUUUAUGCAAGAUAAUAUCAAAAGUGAUUUAGAAAGAGUCAUUUGUUAUUGGUGUGAAUAUCCAAUCGAGGUUUUAGCUGAUUGUUUGCUGUCUUAUGGAAAUUGUUUAUUGCGAUUAGAAUUAUUACGAGAGAAUUCCAAUGUUCCAAACGAGAUAAAAGAAAUACUAACCAAUAUUUGCGAGCAAUUCUUUCCAGAGACUCUCUCUAUUCGAGCGAGUUUCUGUUUAAUUUUCAUGGAAGUUUUGAGUAAAGGACAUCAUCUAGUGUUGAAUUGGUUUAAAAACAAAUGGGAUAUCACGUCUGAAACGACAUAUCAAAUAUUAUUACAACAAACAUUAUAUCGAGCGACGAACAACUUCUAUGGGCUUGAUGAAAUUGUCGAGCAUUUUCAUAUCCAUCCUGAAUCUGUCAAUACGUUUGUUAUUAAUUUAUAUGAUGAUAUAUCUAACAAAAAUAAUAAUGAAUAUAUUCAGGAUCCUGUACCUAAUUAUCUUCACAUAGCAAACUUUAUUUGCAAACAACAUUCAAAGAAAUUUUGUGAUGCUGUAAGAAAUAGCUUUUUUGGUGAAAAAGAAUUCCAAACGAAACUUUAUAUUCAUUCCAAAAAUUAUCCGAUCGAUGCUGUAAAAUCAAUAAACAUUUAUAGUCUUUUUGGUAUCGUAACAGUCGAAUUCCUUCAGAUGUUAGAAUCGAUUGGAGAGUAUCGGUUAGCUGAUUUUAAUGAUUGGUUAAAGAAUCUCAAACAAAUAUCUGAUCGAGAUGCUGUGGAGAAAUUAUUUGAUUUAUUAAAUCAGAAGAGAUAUCAUCAAAUGUUUGACCAAUUUUUAUUUCUAUUGAAAAGCCUUAUUGAAGCGAAUGUUAUAUCUUUAGUAGAAGUACAUCAAAGACUUCCACUUGUCAAUAAUGUCUUCUAUGAAUCUAGUUUCGAAUGGCGCUCUCAUGAAGAACAUAUUUUCGAUCUAUUAUUAGAUAUCAGUUGUUUCGAAAAUGAAAAGGUUUCGCUAUGCGUUGACACGACUUUUACUACAAAGGAUGAUAUUGAUGAUGAAUUUGAUACGCAAAUGGCAGAACUCGACAAUAAACUCAAUUUACCUUGUAAAGAAAAUUUUUUAGGAGGCUUUUGUUUUCCAAAGCGUUACAAGAUAACCUAUAGUUAACUUUUGGUAUCAUCAUUAUUAUCGUGAAUUUUCUUUUUUUUUUUAAUUUUUUCUCCAUAGUCAGUCUAUAAAACAUUUAAUCAAGUGUAGCAAGAAUACAGAUGUUCACAGUAUUAACUUAAUAUUCAUUGCUACCUUUAGAUACAGACUUUCUAAUAUUAUGAAUAUAUA